GCUUGUGGCCAAUCCCAGCAUCAGCUGUCAGGCGGAUUACCUCAAGCCUGGAGUCGCCUCAAACCCGUUUCACUGGACCGAUGGGAACAGUUUACCGUGAGCGACGUUAUAUAUAGUCACCGACAGCACCAGCAUCAUCAUCAUCAUCUUGGGUUGUCGGGAGGCAAACGCACAAAACGCUGAAGUAGACAGCAGCAGCAGCACCACACCUUCCCUCCGCGAUAUCCCGAGGUCGCCUGCUGCACCGGAUUAGACGCCGCGGAUCCGACCUCCAGGAUCCAUAAUGCCCGUUAAUCGAGCCUGACACCGCCGAGAUGCUGCCGGGCUCUAUUCAGAUCACGGGAGAGGCGCUGUCCGGCGCGGAGAUCAAAGACAUAUGCGACAGUCUGAAGGAGAACAGCGUGCGGCUGCUGUCGGUGCGCGGCUGCCAGCUGUCGGACCGGGACUUCGGCCGCGUGUGUCGCGGUGUGGCGGAGUCGGUCUCCCUCGCGCAGCUCAACCUCAACCUCGGCGUGGUGUCCACCAUCGGCCGGACCAAGCAGCUGGCAGAUGCUCUGAAGGCCAACAGAUCCCUCCAGACGCUCUUUCUCCAUGGGAGUCCACUUUUAGAUGCAGGACUGGUCAACCUGAAUGGAGCCCUGUCCACUCACCCCUCACUGGUGUCCUUGGAUUUGGGGGACUGCAUGCUGGGAGAUGAGGCAGUCCGUCUCAUCUGUGGCAUGCUUCCUCCAGAUGGAGCCAAAUCGGGGCUUAAAGAGCUCACGCUGAGUGCCAACCCAGCCGUCAGCACGCAGGGCUGGGCUCGACUGGCCAUCGCCGUGGCUCAUAGCUCACAGUUACGAGUCCUCAACCUCGACUACAACCCCUUAGGGGAUCACAUCGCUGGGAUGCUGGCUGUCGCUGUUGCAUCCAGUCGAACUCUUGAAGUCCUGGACCUGGAGGGAACCGGCCUCACCAAUCAGUCAGCACAGGUCUUCCUAGACAUGGUGGAGAACUACCCCACCAGCCUGCGUGUGCUGGUUCUAGCCGAGAACGACAUCAGUCCUGAGCUGCAGCAGCAGAUCUCAGAUCUCCUCUCUGAAGGUGAGGAGGAGGAGGAUAAGGACGGAGAGGCUCGCGGACGCUCGGGGCCCCCCAGGGAGAAACCCGCCUGGGUCCCCCACAGCAUAACUGCUUCUAAGAGGCUGGGGCAAAAGGGAAGUACAGAAACUGACAUUACUCGUGCAUUAUUUAGGAGAGAUCAUUUCUACUUAUGAAAUAGAAAUAUGAAUUUCUUAUAAGUGCCAAGUUGUGAGUUCUGUGUCCUGUAUAUCCUGAAGUCAUUAGACUUAGAGGUUAUUAUUAGCGAGGUUCAAUUUGAAAGGAAUAGUUCGGCUCAAAAUGAUCAUUCUCACAUCGUUCCAAACCUAUCUGACUUGAUUUUUUGCGCAAAAGAUGAGUUUUGGGAAGCAAAUCCUGGCCAUUCCUUUCCAUAUGAUGAAAGUGAAAGGGGACUGGUUGGAGGUAAUUAAAAAAUCACCUUAAAAGUAUCAAAGAAGUAAAGAAGUUUCACUAAAACCAAUGACAUCAAUAGUGUCAAUGGCCCAUUUUUACAGAAAGACUGUUAUACUCACUGAUUUUCUGAAAAAUAGCCUACAUUUUUUAAAUACGUUAAUGAUUUUUGGUACAUUCUACAGAAGUCGAAUGGAUU